AGCUGAUCAGUCAUAAAAUAUAAAAAUGCCAUCGCCGUCAAAUCAAAAUAACAUUGUACAACAAUACGAUACGAUAAAUUAAUUUACUCUUUGUCGAUAGUACUUAUUAUACAUACAAUUUUACGAUACCAUUUACCUUGUAAUAGUCUGUGUAUCCAACAAAAUUUAAUGAUCUCAAUCGAAAAUACGUAACAAAUGUUGAGUGACUUGUGAGAGUAUUGUUUUUGUAGUGUGUUUUUCAUUUCGUUGAUUCAUAAUUAUGUCUUCUUAUUUUGAUUACUUUUUCAAAAAUAUCGAUAGUACAAACAGUGGACAUUUUAUAAGCGGGACUUGUUAUUCCAUGUGUCCUCACGACGAAGCGAAAUUGCGAGAAAAAGAAAGAAUGGUGCAUCUAUUGGAGGUGUUAGGUCCAGUGAAAAAGUUGGUCAAAUGUUACAGCAGGUCUGCUGCAGACUCCAAUGUGGCAAUCCCUUAUUUAUUGCGACCAUACAACGUGUUGAAAGCUACUGUAGGUUAUUUAUUACUAGAAGUAACAAAACGUAGUGAUGUGUCAACAUGUGUUGUCUACGACUUCAUCAAUGACAGGCUGAGGGCUGUUCGCCAAGACAUGACUAUCCAGAGGCUGCCCCCUGAGCAGUGCAUCAACUUAUUAGAGCCUAUGAUCCGAUUCUAUGUUUAUUAUGGUUAUAAAUUAUGUGAACAUCCUAUUCAUGAUUUUGAUCCAGUUCUCAAUAAAAAAUACCUAUUAGAGUGUAUAAAGUGGUUCCUGAGUUGUUAUGACAGUGUGCAAGCUUCAGAAAACAAUGACAAUAUGAAUGAAAUCACCAACUGUCUCGGUGGCAUGGAUUUACAAAACGCAAAUGGAAUAAGUCCUAUCUGUGACAGAGUUCUAGUGGAAAGCUUGUACAUAUUGUGCAAUUUGGAUGAUGUUCAUCCAUUAUUACGAUAUUUAAAUCUGCCAAAAGAUAUAAAAAGCAUUCCCAUAGUACAGCUGUCCUAUAAAAUAGCUAUAGCACAUUUAAAAGGCAAUUUUAUAAGACUUUGUAGACUAAUGGAAAGACUGUGCCCUCUGACAUAUUGUGCCUUUUUCAUUUACUUGCCAGUAAUCCAAAGACAAUCCCUGCGAGUCCUGAGCGUGGGGUACAACAGCAAACAGCUGUCACUGCCCACAGACACCGUCAGCAGAUGGCUGUGGCUGCCCCCCGCUGCUGCGCGCGAGUUGUGCGCGCACUACGGGCUCAAGGCGGGAGAGGAUAGCGUGCAUUUCCUUAAGAGCAACUUCAAUUGUGAUGUUGCUGUUCAUCAGCCAAUAAAGCACCUUUUGCAUGACAAGAAAUUAAAUUUGAGUGUGGAGCAUAUUUUUACGUACAGCACAAAUGAAUAAAUCAUAUUUUUGAUGUUAAGAGAGACUGAUUGGAGAGAAUUUUAAUGGGAAUGUGGAGUAUAAUUUUACGUACAGUAAUAAUAAAUAAAUCUUGAUUAUGGAAGACUGCCGAUUGGAAAGAAUUUUACUUUGAUGACCAAAUAUAUAAAUAAAACACCAAAUACUAUAAA